AUGUCCCAACCCCACAGGGCUGUGCGUAGCAGCAGCAGCAGCAACAGCAGCAGCAGCAGCAGCAACGGGAGCAGCAACAGCAGCAGGAGGAGCAGCAGCGACGCCCCCCUCCCAGACAGCAGCAGCAGCAGCGCAGCAACCGCACAGACAGACACUCGCUCAUUGCAGAAAGGAACAGCACAGGUGCUGUUCUACAGCAUUCCCGCCGAGGGCGUUCCUGGAGCUCCUGACGAGGCGGGCGGCGCGGAACCGGACUCUACGUUGAUUCAAAGCCUGUCGAUCUCGGCGCACGAAAACGAACUUUGCUGCCUCUGUCUUAGCGCCGAUGGAUCUCUUUUAGCUUCUGCUUCUGUCAAGGGCACUUUAGUGCGGAUCUUUUCAGCAGCUUCUGGGCAGCUGCUCAAGGAAGUUCGCCGCGGAGUGAACCCGGCCAUAAUUACCUGCCUCUGCAUCAGCCCCUGCAACAGCCUUCUUGCUGCCUGCAGCAACACGGGCACGCUGCACCUGUAUCGUUUGGGUGACGGGGAGGUAGCAGCAGCAGCAGCAGCAGCAGCAGCAGCUGCUGCUGCUGCUGCCACCACCCCACCCGCUGCAGCACAGGCAGGUGCAGCAGCCCCCACUUCCACAAGAAUCACCAGCAGCAGCAGCGCCACCAGAGAGACUGUGGCGUCCACCACGAGCUACAACCCAGUGACUGCUGCUGCUGCUGCUGCUGCUGCUGCUGCUGCCAACGCCGCCGGAGAGAGUCCCCCAAGCAGCAGCAGCAGCAGCAGCAACAGCAGCAGCGCAGCAGCAACGGGAGGGACAAAUGUGCGCAGCUCGUGGCCGCUGCUGGCCAAGAUCUCCCCCUACUUCCAGUCCGAGUGGAGCAUGGCACAGUUCAAGUACGUAAACCCUAAACCCUAA